GCCCCGGGGUGGGCUCUGAGGGGGGGGCGCCGCCGCCGCCGCCAUUUUCUCGCUCCCCCCCCCCGUGAGGGUCCCGCUGCGGCACCGCCUCGCCCGGCCACAACCGCGCUGCUCCGGGGCGGCCCCUGCUGCCCGGUACCGGCAGCACCGGGCUCGGCCAUCCCCUCCGCUCCCGAUUCCAGAUGGGGGCCGCCGACUGGUGCCGGAGCUCGGCGGGCGCUGCCCUCGUCCUGGCCACCUCCAGCGACCCGCAGCACCCCGCCGAGAACAUGGCGGACGGAAGUUCUGAAACGUUCUGGACGACGACAGGAAUGUUCCCGCAGGAAUUCAUUAUUGGUUUUCCUAAAUGUGUAAAAAUCAGCAAAGUCGCCAUCCAGUGUUACUUGGUGCGGACCUUGAGGAUUGAAAGAAGCAUAUCUAAAGACCCAGUAGAUUUCGAACAGUGCGUUGAAAAAGAUUUGCAACACACAGAAGGACAGCUUCAGAUGGAAGAAUUUCCACUUCCUGAUUCCCCAGCCACUUACUUGCGAUUCAUCAUCAAGUCUGCCUUUGAUCAUUUUGUAUCAGUACACAGGGUGAUGGCAGAGGGCACAGCAGAAAACACUUAAGUCCAGCUUAAAUUUGUACCUUUUUUUUCCUUUUUGUAUUAUAUUUUGAUAUCUGUAUUGCAGGGAAUAUUUAUUAUUAAAACUUUGUAUUAAAGUGUUUUUCAAAGAUAACAGAUGCAGUGUGUAUUCACCACUAGUUUAAUGUAUGUAAUGCAGUUAAUUGGUAAGCAACUGCACAGAUACUUUUGCCAGGGGCUUGUGUAACAUUAGUUUUAUAAAUACAUAGCCAGAGUUCUGUUUGGACAGGAAACUGCAGAAAUAUAUGGAAAGCAGGAACGCCUGUAGUGCAUGACUGAGAAGUCUGCAGCUUCCACUUGGCACAGCUAUAGCGGACACCUCUGAAAAAAGUCAAGACAUGUCCAGUUGGUUCAUGAACAGAAUUAAGAGUCUGUGCUUAGAUGUCCUUAAUUACAGUAACAGCUGUCUAGCUCUAUAAUCUGGAGUGUUAUCAAGAAUACUUAAACAUAGCUAAAUCCAUUUAAAUCAUUGUGUUUAGGUCAGGCUUUCUUAAUUUAUGAAUUAAAACCCAGUUUCCUGUGAGAUGUUUCCCUUGCACCCUGAAUUGAAUGGAAGAAAAUAUGAAAUACUUAAAUGGGAGGCAUUACUUCUUACUCUCAAAGAAGUUAUUCAAAAGUUCUAAAACUGGAAACCUCAUUAACUCAAAAGAAACUGUGCAAGAAUAAGAGGAUGUGCAUAAACGUCUACUAAUGCUUAUAAAUAACCGGAGGGGAAAAACAAGCUGGAGCCGUAUGAUGCUCUUGAUAGUUUUUUAAUAAUUGCAGAUCAAUCCUUUGUUUCUAUAAAUAUUUUCUAAAUUCAGGUCACAGCUGUCUGCGCUUUAAGCUAUGACUGUCAUAACAAAUAUUAAUAGAAACAAAUGUUAAUAGAGAUUGUCUUAUUCAGAAGCCUUCUGAAGUCUGUGGAAGUGAACAUUUAAGAAAAUUGGAUGUGUACGAGAGAAAGAGAAACUUAUUAAUGUGAAAUUGGUUGUUUUGCAUGCCAGUUGACUUUUGCAAAUGUCACCACCCCUGAGGUUUAUCCUGCAUGGUAUUCCCUAGGAAUGUAAAUGUUGAUAUCCAAUCCUAAUAGCUCAGCUACUGUUCGUUACUGCUUCUGGUAUAAGUGCAGUAAGACACUACAAUGUGAUAGAUGAGGUUGUACCGAUGAAACUUGAAAACCUUCAGACAAAUAAAUGAUGAACCACACUGUAAA